UGUCGUCGAGCCGUCCCUCUCCGCCUCGCGGCUCGCUCGACAACCACUGCGGCACACCGCCAUCGUCCACCCACCACCGCCAUCCACUUGCUGGUAGCUAACCGCCGCGGGGCGGCGGCGCUAUAUAUAUACACACACACAAGCUGGCAGCAGCAACCUCUCGACCUCACCGGCAGCGGCAGGGAAGCAAGCGCAAGGGAAGCAUCGAGCGACUGUACAGCAAAUCCGAUCGGUUCGUCGUCGGCACAUGGAGGCGCCGCUGCACCAGUCCCCCGUGCCACUGCCGCUCCCGCCGCCGCAGGAGGAGGCGGUGAUCGGCGCCGCGCUGCUGCGGCAGGCGGAGGCGGCGCGCGCGAUGAUGGCGGCCGCCGCCGCCGCCCAGCACCACCAGCAGCAGCAGCCGCCGGCGGCGGCGGCGAUGGGGCGGGAGCAGUGCCCGCGGUGCGCGUCGCGGGACACCAAGUUCUGCUACUACAACAACUACAACACGGCGCAGCCGCGGCACUUCUGCCGCGCCUGCCGCCGCUACUGGACGCUGGGCGGGUCCAUCCGCAACGUCCCCGUCGGGGGAUCCACGCGCAAGCGCCCGCGCCCCGCGCGACCCACCCGCGCCCUCGCCGCCGCCACCGCAACGACCACGCCGGCCUCCAGCGCUCCCUUCGACACCAGCUCCUCCUCCUCCCCUGUGGCGCCGGCGGCGGCCCUGCAGGGUGGCCUCCUCGGCUCGCUGCUGCUGGGCUCGGCCUCGGCGUCGACGCUGCUCGCGCUCGGCGCGGCGCCGCUGCUCGAGGGCCGGCUCGGCUUCGGCCCCGGCCUUGGUCAGCCAGCGCUGCUAGCCGGCGCCAACGCCGCCGCCGGCGACCUGUCCAGGCUGGACUUCGGCGGCGCGGGGCCGCUGCUGUGGCCCGCCGCGGCGACGGUCCUGGAGGGCGACCGCGCGUUCCCGCUCCCCCCGCCCGCCGCUGCGCUGUGGCAGAAGGAGCUCGCCGCGGCGGCGCCGCCGCCGGUGGAGGCCGGCGGGUUGCACCACGGCGGCUCCCCGCACCUGCUCCUGUGACGCGUAUACAUUUCAUGGGCCGUAGAACGCUAGUAGCUAGCUUGUCGCGCAUGCAUGCAUGACGGCAUCGAUCGAUCGACGAGAGCUCUCUUGUCACUGUUGUGGCAGCGUAGGCUGCUCGUACGCGUGUGCGCGGUGAUUCGUGAAAUUUCUUGAUCGCGUGGGUUAUGCGUGGCGUGACGUUAGCACGUAUAACAACGUACGGAGUACAAGCGAUAAGGAUUGUGGAGUCGGUAGGGGGUUGCCUUAUUCUGUUUUUUUACUCGAAAAUGCUGAGAAAUUAUAUAUUCAGUUAUUCAUGAAAAAAAUCACUCUUUAUAUAUA